AUGUCGGAUACUACCGAGCACCAUGCCAAGAAGGAAGACGCGGCGACGGAGCCGCGCACGCACACGGCCGAGACCCACGAUGAAGAAGUCGGCCUCGUCAGCAAACCCGGACAGCUUCACACCGAUCUAAGAAGUCGCCAUAUGCAGAUGAUAGCAAUUGGUGGUGCUAUUGGAGCUGGUCUAUUCAUUGGCUCGGGUAGUGCUCUGUACAAGGGCGGUCCAGCUGCGUUGGUUAUCGGAUACUUGAUUGUUGGUAUUAUGUUGCUAUUCACGAUGCAGGCUUUGGCCGAAUUGGCUGUGCUCUACCCUGUCAAUGGUGCCUUCUAUACUUACGUUGUUCGCUUCGUCGACCCAUCUUGGGGGUUUGCGAUGGGAUGGGACUAUGCGAUUGCAUGGCUCACUGUAUUACCGUUUGAACUGAUUGCUGCCGGUAUCACCAUUCAAUUCUGGAGAGAAGAUCUCAACGUGGCUAUCUGGGUUACUGUUUUCUUGGCUGUCCUAGCUUUGAUCCAAAUAUUUGGUGUGCGAGGCUAUGGUGAAGUCGAGUUUGUCCUCAGUAUGAUCAAGAUCGCCGCUUGUACAGGAUUUAUAAUAUUAGGCAUCGUCAUAAACUGCGGAGGAGUCGGUGAUAAGGGCUACAUUGGAGCCAGGUACUGGCAUGAACCGGGCGCCUUCAAGAAUGGCUUCAACGGAUUUGCUGGCGUCUUCGUCGUGGCAGCCUUCGCAUUUGGCGGUACCGAGCUCGUUGGUUUAGCAGCUGCCGAGUCAUCCAACCCUAGACGCGCGAUUCCCCUGGCAUCUAAGCAAGUCUUUUUCCGUAUCGCUUUCUUCUACAUCAUUAACCUAUUCAUCCUUGGCCUCAUCAUGCCAUCGGACGAUAGCCGUCUGGAGAAUGCGACCUCCGCGAACUCGAGCUUCUCGCCUUUCGUGCUUGCUAUCCAGGAUGCUGGCAUCGCUGUCUUGCCGUCUAUCUUUAACGUGGUCAUCACUAUCUCGGUCAUCAGUGUCGCCAACUCGUGUACCUUCGGAUCGACUCGCACGAUGCAAGCAAUGGCAGAACGCGGAAUGGCGCCCAAAUUCCUGGCCUAUAUCGACAAGGCGGGGCGCCCGUUAUGGUGUAUUGUGAUCCAGCUUUUGUUUGGUUUUCUGGGUUACCUAGGCGUCGCAUCGCAUGGACUAGACGUCUUCACUUGGUUGCUCUCCCUUUCAGGAUUGUCCUACUUUUUCGUCUGGGGUUCUUGCUGCCUUGCUCACAUCCGAUUUCGAAUGGCAUGGAAGGCUCAAGGGCGUGACUUGAGAGAAAUUCCCUAUCGGGCUCCGCUGGGAAUCUGGGGUAGUGCUAUAGGCUUGGGCCUCAACUGGCUAUGCUUGAUUGCGACAUUUUACAAUGCCCUCUAUCCUUCACCCGACUCGCAGCCAGACGCGGCAGCCUUUUUCCAGCAAUACCUAGCGGCUCCCAUUGUCAUCAUGUUGUAUCUGUUCUGGAAGGCCUGGACUGGUAAUUGGAGGAUGUGGGUCAAACUCUCUGACAUCGACCUGAAUGCUGGUGCUCGUCCAAUAGUAAUUGAGGAGGGAAUGGAAGAAAUGGAGGAGAAGACCUGGAAGAAUCUGCCUUAUCGCUUGAUUAGAGCAGUAUUUUAG